CGAAUAAAUCGUCUAAGCAUUACGGUAAUGCGGGGGGGGGGGGUAGGUUAAAGAAGGAAGUUAACAUUUGCAAAUGGCUUUUAGGAUACUUGGCUGUCAUUUGUCAGGGUUUCCAGCAAUUUACUGCAAGACCCUCAUCUUAGGAAGGUGGGUCCGUUCCAAAAACUCCAGCCCGGUGGAAGUGAGCCACCUGGACCACCUGGUUUUAACUGUGAAGAGCAUCUCCAAAACCAUAAACUUUUAUUCUUCUGUUCUUGGUAUGGAGGUCAUCACUUUCAAGGGGAAUCGUAAGGCUUUAGGUUUUGGGCAGCAGAAGUUCAACCUACAUGAGGUGGGCAAGGAGUUUGAACCCAAGGCCAAGUGUCCCACUUCUGGGUCAGCUGACCUGUGUCUCAUCACCAAAACACCCCUGACCAUUGUGGCUAAACACCUUCAGGCCUGUGGUGUGUUAGUAGAGGAAGGACCGGUGGAGAGGAGUGGGGCAGUAGGGACCAUUACCUCCCUCUAUUUCAGAGACCCAGACCACAACCUCAUUGAGGUCUCCAACUAUGUACAAGUUACAAAGGAGCCGGUUUACUAAACUGUCACUGAUGUAGUUUUCUGACAGUAAAUGUUUUUUGUCGUUUCCAGUACCCCCAGUUCAGCAUUGUGAAGGUGCCUCUCAGACUGUAUAGUGUGUAGCUAUAUAUUUUCUGUCUUGUGCCUUAAAUUAUUUGCAACAACUGCACAACAUAAACAUAAAAUGUUUGCAGUCCUCCUAGUAAUCUGAAGGUUGCUAGUUCGAUUCCCUGCCGUGUCAAUUGACGUUGUGUCCUUGGGCAAGGCACUUCACCCUACUUGCCUCGGGGGAAUGUCCCUGUACUUACUGUAAGUCGCUCUGGAUAAGAGCGUCUGCUAAAUGACUAAAUGUAAAUGUAAGAAACUAGUUCUUCAUAAAACAUAGACGCAACGAUAAUCAACUGGAAUUUCAGCGACAAACUUUUUUUGGGUAGCUUAGCACGACUCGUUCUUUUUUAUGAGCUAAAGAUUGUGUAGAUGCCAGACUGUGGAGCGGGAAUCAUUUUCUAAAAGACUUUUCGUGGUUCACCUUGCAGCCUAACAGUAGCCUAAUAAGGACUAUAUUGUUCCACUUUACGUUUAACCUUCGACUGUUGAAGUAAAUAAUUUUUUCUUAUUCAUCAGCCCACUUACAAUUUACCACAUUAACAACACUUAUAUUUGUAGUACUUGAUGCAAGUUGAAUCUUACCAUUAUCACCAGCAACUGCUCAAUUUAAGACAAGAAAGUUGUUUGGUAAAUAGAACAGAAUAAACAAGGCAACCAACUGCAUUCAAUAAAACAUUUUAUUGUACAAUA